AUGUGCUCCGACGACGCGCAAGCGCUCCUUGAAAAGUUCACCCAGAAAACCGAUCUUCGCUCAUUCUGCAUCGCCACUAAAACCGACGACAUUUACGUCAACCUUCAUUAUCUUGCCGAGUUGUCCGAGUAUUUCAAUGUUAUCUGUACUAAGGAAUAUUCGGAAAAAUCUGACAACAAAUUAUCGUUGUCGGAUGUGUAUGCCGCGGAUUUGGCAGAUUUCCUUGGAUAUGUGUGCCCUGACAAAUUCACAAUUUCACGCCAAAUUACCGCAUCGAAUGUCUGCACGCUGGCUUACUUUUCUGAUCGUUUCAUGUUUCCACAAGUGCGAGCUGAUGUCAAAGAGUGGUUGGCGACCGAUAAGUUCUUCAAGGACGAUUUGAUUCCACUAGCAACAUUAGUAGAGAUUGGGAUCGUCCUUUACGAGCAAGGAUACAGUAUUGCGGAAAUGGAACCGUUGUUCAAAAAAAUGGGAUUAUUCGAAGAGGAGCGCGUGGUUGAGCUCAUGAAAGAUACUGAUCAGGUUGUUAAGGAGUUUUUGCUCAGCAAAAUUCGCAUAUUCAGACCGUAUAAGUUCAACUCGAGACCCAAUUCAUAUUUCCAUUUGGAAGACUACCGCCGUCGAAUUUUCUUCUAG